AUGUACCGCCUGCUGGGCCUGUCGCAGAACAAGCCCAAGCCGGACUUGCAACAGGCGAUUUCCAGCACCGAUGAGCGCGCAGAUGCGACGCAGGUCAAGAUCAGCCGGCUGGACGCCGAGCUCGGGCGCUACCGCGACCAGAUGAAGCGCAUGCGCGACGGGCCUGGCAAGUCGGCCGUGCAGCAGCGUGCGCUGCGCGUCCUGAAGCAGAAGCGCAUGUACGAGGCGCAGAUCGAGCAGCUCACGCAACAAUCCUUCAAUAUGGAGCAGAGCAUGAUGACGACCGAAAAUCUGCGGAAUACGAUGGCCACCGUCGACGCCAUGCAGGUGGCCAACAAAGAGAUGCGCCGGACCUAUGGUAAUCUCAACAUCGACAAGAUUGAGCAGAUCCAGGACGACAUGGAGGACUUGUUGGAGCAGUCGAGUGCGAUCCAAGAGACCAUGUCGCGCUCGUACGGCGUGCCGGACGAUAUCGACGAAACGGAACUCGAGGCGGAACUCGAGGCACUCGAAGAAGAUCCGGGCCAGGACGAGCUCGAGGUGCCGUCGUACCUACAACAUGCUACAAUGGCUCCGUCGCAGCCAGACUUUGUCGACGAGCUCCCGACGGAAAACAAGACCGAGGCCGAGGCCGAGUUGCGCGCUGCGUAA